AAUUUUAAUUUAAAAGUUUUCCCAGUAUUCAAAUUUUUCAAUUAAUAGUCUUUUUUAAAUAAAAUAAAAUAUUUAAUCUAAAGAAACAUUAGUUUCAAAUUAAAUACGAUUUGUGUCGAAAAGUUAACCAUAAGUUAACCUAAAGAUAACCUAUCGAUAUUAUCCCAGAACCACAAAAUAUCAUAACUAGUUAUUCCUACUAUAUGGAUGGGGCGUGCUUAGCCGCUCUUUUGUCCUUUUGUAUUCGUAAAAAUAAAGUUUUAUGACCAACUACACCUACAAUAUGACUCUCUCACAAAAUAUAACUUUUGUUAUGUAUGUACAUCAUUUGCGAUUACUGAUUAAAGUCUGAGACAAGUCAGUAGCUACAAUAGAUUAGUGCGUUUCAGGAGACAUACAGCGACUGUAUAACAAAUAUUUAAUUUGCCUAAGCACAUCUGUCAUCUAGUCUAUUAGCAAAGUGAUUUAAAACAUCAUCAACAAUUUCUAAUUUUGUAUGAAAUGUUUAAAACACUACAAACAGUGUACAAUUUUCAUCGGUUCAAGAGAAUUCACGUGCUGUACCACGUUUAUUUAACUUUGAUCGCUGUUGGAAGUUUGUAGACGACCGUUUAUUGUAAAAUAUAGCAUAGGAUGGCCAAAUUUACUCCAUUUCAACGUUUGAAUAUGAAACCAUUACCGUCAUAGACUAAUUCGUAUGCGAUUUCGAGAAGCGCAUAUAAAACGCUCUUUUAUCGAAAUAAAAACAAAUAAUAUAUAAACUUAAAUUGUAUGAAAUAUCGUGUGGUCAUUUUAAACACAGAAGGUUACCAAUUCAGUUAAGGUUUUAUUACAAUUGUACGGUUUUAACGGAUCUUUGCUGUGGUAGAUUAAGAGUUACAUUUCAUUUACUUAUUUUUCCAAGUCACAGAUAAUACACAAAUAACUUAUUUACGCAGGUUGAACCCGCUAAAGAAUUUGGAAAACUGAGUAGGUGGAUAGCUCUCACACUUUUGUAGGCUCUGUUUUAUAAAGAUUCGUAGUUAGUUUUGUCAAAAACUAUCUUUACAGAUAGUUUAAGUACGAUUCCCACCGAACGGGCGGAGUCGGAGCGCAUUUUACAUUUGUAUGGCCGCAAGCCGGUCGGCUACUCGCGGAUGCGGACGGCUCUGGACGGACUCCAUCGCUUCUGCCAUACAUAUUGUAUAGGCACAUUGAAAAUUUGCUCCAGUGCGGCCCGAUUCCACCUGGUCGGUGGAAAUCGUGCAUUAUAAGUUUUUUGACACAAAAUAUUAUGGAUAUAUAUUUUAUAGAAAACCGAGCUCACUCAGUUUGGUGUGGACAUGGAUCUAAAUUGUGGACUAGAGAGUACAGUUAAAUCAAUAAUUAUUGAGUAGGUAAUAUUACUGUGACUACAGUUUUUUUAUAAAAUACAGUUGAAUUACCUACAUGAAAUUGUUUUACUUAAUAUGUUCAUCAAUUAAAAAAUCGUAACGUUAACCUUACACAAAUUCCUCUACUGUAAAUACUGUAUAGCUUGCUGCUGGGGCCCAUUUCUCGAAUGCUAUUAAAGCUCGACCAGAAAUAUAUGAUCAUUGUCAAGAGGGCGCUGUUAUUCUCAUGUAUAGGGUGACAGUUCAGUUUAGUAUGGAAAAUUUCGUUCCAAUGAAAUUCCGCACUGAUCCGAAUUUUACUGAUCAGACUUUAGACAACUUAUUAUUAGUCAACAAACUGUCAAAUCGUAUGGGUUUCCAUCACAACACUAAUAAUAUUAGCCUAACAUGGUUCGAGAAAUGGGCCCCUGGACUUAGCUGAUACACUGUUGUGCACCCCUCAACCCCGCCCCCCGAAAUUUUUCAGUCCGAAUUUUGCAAAAUAAGGAUCCAAAAUUAAAGCAAACAGACGGUUGCGGCCCUAAGAGCCUAGCCAAGAUGUCGAUCGUUUAUAGAAAACGCCAAUCGACACUUAAUAAUGUAUGGAAAUAUUCACGUGACUCGUCGUAGCAUCACGAUACUUUUUUUCUUUUCGUUUGGCGUUUGUCAAUGUACGAUUGUCAUCUUGUUUAUGCCCUCUGUGAUUUAUGAGAUUGCUGCAAAUCGAUUUACUUUAAGUUACUUUUUACAUGGCCCCAUUUUUUCAAACUGCUAUCAGUUUACUAUUCCUAUAAUUUUGGGCCAUCGGUGCAGUGUAGACUAGUAGUGAACAUUUAUGAUAUUGACAUUAAACUUCUUCUUCAACAUUUAUUCAGCAAAUAGGCCACAAGGGCACUUCUACACGUCAACAUGGAAAUUACAUACAAGCAAAAACAAGCACAUUAACAAUUAUAAGAUACAAUUCAUUUAAAAUAUUACUGCGAACUGAAAAAAAAGUAAAAGUAAGUAAAGUAUUAUUAUUACUUAGAGAUGUAUAAAGUCUCUUAAUGUCGAAUUACAGAAAAAUCAAAAAUAAUAAUAAAAAAACAAACAGAUAAAAAAAAUCUUAAAUUAUUUAGAGGUGUAAAUAUCUCUAAAUGAUUUGUUAUUUAGAGAUAUUUACACCCGAGAGAGAGAGAGAUGUAUAGUGUCUAAGAGUCAAAAUUCUGUAUAAUUAAAACAUUGAUUACGAUAAAAGAAACAUACGAGAACCGAAUGAGGUGUCUCACUGUAAUUAUACUCAAACAUAAAGUUAGCUUAAAGAGACCAGUCUCCACAAACAACGAGUAUGACGCGUAUCUCAGCCACCUGUACGAACAUUACGUUUCUUACAUGUUACUCAGUAGUUGUAACUCUGCGGGGUAAACAUUCAGUGCAAAUAGUACCUAAUGAGCGACGACGGCCGAUAACUUGUCUUAUACAGCAUGCUACCAGAAAACACUACCUUGAUAGUACCUGGUGGUUGGUCGAAAAUCAACAUAUUUGCAAUGUAUUUGUUUUAAUUAAACAAAUGUAUACGUAACGUAUGUUAUUUUUGCCUUCGCGGAAUCGUUGAACCCCGAGUCGUAUUAAAUUUCACAGCUAAUGUACUUGCGCAGGUUACGCGUACUUCAGGAAAUGUGGUCUACACUACACGACAUACAUUAUUUUUCUACAAAUAUACACACUGUAUUAUGAAGUACAGUUACAACUGAAGUUAUCUUGAGUCAAUUCCAGUAGCACGAGUAUCGUACAUUUGGUUAGUUUAAUUAAGUUGAUUGUUGAUGUUCUGGUUUAUUUAGAAAGAACCAUGCAUUGUGCUCAAAAUUACAAAUCGGAAAAUGUUGACGAAAGGUUACUUCGCCAAAUACAGAAUUUUGAUAAAAUCGAAACAGAUAACGAAAACAUUCCGAGACAACGGCUUACCGAAAGAUUAAAAUAUCUGAGAUCAAACAUAACUGUGGAACCCGUUAUGGCUGGUCUGGUUAUACCGGCGACCUUGGCAAAACUCGCAAUUCAAAAUUUAAAUUUGGCUAAAGCUUGUCUUGUGAAACUACAUUAUGGUCCUGAAAUAUGUAAUCCCUUAAUUGAUAAACAUGGCAGCAACUUUACUGAAUAUGAGCGAGAAGUACAGAAAGUCAUUUCGUCGAUAGAAACAUGGAGAAGCAUAAUUCAUACCGCCUUGCCAACGCUCGUCGUGAUGUUUAUGGGGGCCUGGAGCGACAGAACUGGCAACAGAAAAAUCUGCAUGUUGCUUCCUAUUUUCGGAGACUUAUUGAUGACUGUAAGCAAUAUAAUAUGCACUAUGCUCUUUUACGAGAUCCCCGUAGAAGUUACAAUGUUUUUAGAAGUAUUGUUCCCGGCCAUCACUGGAGGUUGGGUAACUAUUUUUAUUGGAAUUUUUAGCUAUAUUAGUGACAUUACUACCCCUGAGACCAGAACGUUUCGUAUUGGCUUGGUGAACUUGUGCCUAACGAUCGGGAUACUCAUAGGAACUAGUUUGAGUGGAAUUAUACUAAAAUCUUUUGGUUACGUGGGGACAUUUCUAAUAUCUGGUUGUUUAUACCUACUGACAAUGAUAUACGGUUACAUUUGUUUAAAAAAUAAUACAAAACCACCGAAAACGGAAAUCAAAAAGUUUAAGUUUUCAGAAUUGCUGUCCCUACAAAAAGAUACACUAUGUGUCAUCACCAAGGAAAGGCCGGGCGACUUAAGAUUGAUGAUUAUUUUAAACUUAUUAGUAGUUGCUAUUACUUAUGGACCCAGUCAUGGUAUGUUCAUUUUUUUAAUUACUCAUGUUUUAUAGGGAAUGUAGGUACAGUCAGCAUCAAAAGUAUUUACCAUACUCUGAUAGCUGUAAAAAAUAUAGAAUAAUUAAACUGUUGCAAAUACCUUUAAACACAACCUGUUGAGACACUUAUACCUCAAAUUGGGAUAGGAUCCUUUUAACGCGUUGUUUCGUACGCUACUAUUGAUCUUAACUAUACCUGAUCCUCGUUUAUAGGUAUUAAUUUUAUAGUUUCAGUUAGA